AAUAAUUUGAUUUAAUAGCAAUUUAAUUUUAAUCAAAAAGUAUUAUAUAAGAAUUGCCUAAAAUUCGCAUAAAAUUCAACCUUUAUCUUUAAUAAUCUUGCGCAUUCAAUUCUUAUCAGAAAAAUAACUUCUCAUGGUCAAAGAACAAAGUUAUCGCUGUUCAAUCUCACAGCAAUGGCAUCAAGUUUGAACCAAAAAUUUGGGCUUCCUAAAAGGUAUCAAGGAAGUGAAAAAAGUGUUUGGGUUGAAUACAUACAAUUGGCUCUUGAUUACAAACCAAUAUGUAAUUUGGGACAAGGGUUUCCCGAUUACCCACCACCAAAAUAUGUAACAGAUGCGUUAGCAGAAGUAGCAAGUUCAAAAAACUGUCUUUUACAUCAAUACACUAGAGGUUUCGGACAUCCCCGAUUAGUUAAUGCUAUUGCUAAGUUAUACUCAAAAAUCAUUGAACGAAAUUUGAAUCCAAAUACUGAGGUUCUAACCACUGCAGGUGCAUAUGAAGCUUUGUAUUCUACAAUAGUUGGCCAUGUGGAUGAUGGAGAUGAAGUUAUUAUUGUUGAGCCAUUUUACGAUUGCUAUGAGGCUAUGGUGAAAACUUCAGGUGGUGUUUGUCGUUUCAUUCCGUUAAGACCCAAAAAAAAUGAUAGGGGAUUAUCUACAUCUGCAGAUUGGGUUUUUGAUCCAGAAGAACUUAAAAAUAUGUUCAAUGAAAAGACUAAAUUAUUCAUUUUGAAUAACCCGAACAAUCCUCUAGGUAAGGUAUAUAAGAAAGAAGAAUUGGAAAUGAUUGCUGAUUUAUGUAAAAAGUGGAAUGUUCUAUGCGUUUCCGAUGAAGUUUAUGAAUGGAUAGUAUACAAACCAAACAAACACAUUCGUAUAGCAACCUUGCCAGGUAUGUGGGAACGAACUAUAACUAUUGGUUCAGCUGGUAAAACGUUUAGCGUAACAGGAUGGAAGCUUGGUUGGGCAUAUGGACCUGCAAAUCUAAUGGUCAAUUUACAUAUGGUACAUCAAAAUUGUGUAUACACUGGCACAACACCAAUUCAAGAAGCAGUUGCUAUAUCAUUUGAGAAAGAACUCACUCGUUUGAAUUCUGAAGAGUGCUUUUUCAAUUAUUUACCAAAAGAAUUGGAAGCUAAAAGAGAUAUCAUGAUUAAAGCUCUCAUUGAGGCUGAUAUGAAACCUGUAAUACCAGAAGGAGGAUAUUUUAUGGUAACUGACUGGUCACCAUUAGCUUCUAAAGUAGAUCUUAAAAAUGAAAAAGAUAAAUAUCCAGACUAUAGAUUCACAAAAUGGAUGACGAAAACUCUUGGGCUGCAAGGGAUUCCAGUUACUGCUUUUUACAGUGAACAGCACAAAUAUCUUGCUGAAAAUUUUGUGAGAUACUGUUUUAUAAAGAAAGAUGAUAAUAUUCGAAAAGCAGCUGAUAUUCUGAGAAAAUGGAAAGCAUCAUUGAAAUCUCACUUAUGAUCUGUUAAGAUUACAUCAUAAUAUAAAUAUAUCAAAUGUUACUUUUUGCUAAAAUAGAUUUUUAUAUAUAUAUGUAUAUAAAUAUCAAAUGUUACUUUCCACCAAAAUAUAUCUUUAUUCUGAU